AUGGUGACCAUGGAAGACCGAGCUGCGCACAGGCGCCUGUUGACCAAUCUCCUGGACCAGUGUGGACGCCACUUGAACAUUGAUAUGUUCAGUGGACCCUUCAAUGCCUAUCAGUCUUCAGUCCCGUAUGAGCUGAAGACGGGAAUGCCGCCAGAUGAGAGGCUGAAGCACUUCUCACUGCGCUUGUGGCAGUUUGGGGUCAGUGAGGUGUCUCACGUGAAAGGCGCGCCGCCUUUGCAUGGUGUCCGGGAUUGCCUCCAACGCUUCCUUGCGGAGACUGGCUGCGAAACCUCCAGGUUUCCCCUCGAGAUCCUGUUUGAGUGGCCCAACCAAUGGCAGCAGUCCCCAGCCGCCAGGCCGAGAGAUCCUGUGGAGGAUUUCAGUCUCGCAGUCUCGAUAGGAUCGUCGGUCACACUGGCCUGCCACCUGUUGUGCUGGGCGGCCGCAAAGCUGGACUGGCUCGGAAGCGAAGACUUCCUGCCCUUCGAUUUGAGGUUUCAGCGGGUUCUUGAGGUGAGGAUGCAGGCCGGCACCCGCAAGCUGCGCCAUGACUUGCUGACAGAGAUCAUGCAACGCCACAACAAAGCCACUGCCGGCAAGUCACGCCUCACCCCCGACGAGAUCCUCGCGAUCUACUUGCAAUUUGGCUGGUAUGAUCAGGCGCCGGAGGCCGUCCGAAGGCAAUUGAAAAUCAUCUGGGGCACGGAAAGUUGCCAGCACACCGCAGUGACACUCCACUGCGUUUGCAUGCCCUUCUUUAACCCGUUAAAGCCGCAGACGGGCCCAUUCAAGGUGAACCCACUGUGGCACGAGAUCGUGAAGCACUCGUGGGCCAAGGUGGAGGAGAUGUUCAUUCGUCUCGAGACAAAGUGGAACAGCAAGAUUCAGGAAUACCUUGACCGGUCCUGCAGUCCUCCAGUCCACCAGCCCUCCUUGUGUGGUCCCUUUCGCGACUCAGGGCGAGAGCAGGAGGUGUACCUCAUGUCUUGCACGCUGGGCCUGCUUGAUGGCAAGCUCCUGGCUGAGGUGACCGCCAUGAGGCCCGAUCUCAAGGCUGCUGACCUGAUCUGCCAGUCCUUGCAGUCCUGCGGCCCAGACCUCCCUCUUGACCUUGACAUUGAUGAAGAGGAAGAUGAGCGUGUUCGUUUGCUAACGUCCCUGGCACGCAGCCUCAAGAAGGAGCAAGAUGCCAUGCGCGCCCACAGGGUUGCUCACCAGCGGUACACAGCCCAGACAAUCGCAUCUGAGCGCGAGUGGCAGAAGGGCGUG